UUUGCAUAAACACAUGCAGCCGCACUUAGUUGUAUGUAUAUAAAUGCCACAAGCUUAGUGCAUAGAACAACACAAAUACUCAUAACUCAUCAGAGAGAAAAGAACCCUCUCCAUACCCCUUUCUUCUGCAUUACCAUAUUCUUUGUCUCUCCUCGUACCCAAGAGAGAGAGAUUAAGAAAAUGGGUGAGGGUGUUGUCUCUUGUCGUCUGCAGCUGUUCUUCUUCUUCCUUCUUCAUGGGUGGUUGUUGUCGAAAGUGAGAGGAAAGGGUUCUUCUUCGGCUUUGGAUUAUUCGCAGUGCGAUGUGUUCACGGGAACGUGGGUGGUGGACGAAUCGUACCCGCUCUAUGAUCCCGCCACGUGUCCCUUCAUCGAGCGCGAGUUCAGGUGCAAAGGGAAUGGACGGCCCGAUCUCCUUUACACCCGCUAUAGGUGGCACCCACUUGCCUGUAAUUUACUCAGAUUUAACGGGCUAGAUUUUCUGGAGAAGAUGAGGGGGAAGAGCAUCAUGUUCGUGGGAGAUUCACUGAGCAGGAAUCAAUGGCAGUCCUUGACUUGCUUGCUUCAUUCAGCAGUGCCCAAUUCACCUUAUACUUUGGAUAGAGUUGGAGAUGUUUCUAUUUUCACACUUACGGAGUAUAGGGUUAAAGUGAUGCUUGAUAGGAACGUGUAUCUAGUUGACGUUGUCAGAGAGGAUAUAGGCAGGGUCUUGAAGCUUGAUUCAAUACAAGGAAGCAAGCUGUGGCAAGGGAUUGAUAUGCUCAUCUUUAACACAUGGCACUGGUGGUACCGUAGAGGACCCACUCAACCAUGGGAUUUUGUCGAAUUGGGAGGUCAUACUUAUAAAGACAUUGAUCGGAUGAGGGCUUUUGAAAUAGCACUUAAGACGUGGGGUGCAUGGGUAGACGCCAACGUCGACCCUACGAGAGUGAAAGUCUUCUUUCAAGGAAUUUCCCCAUCUCACUACAAUGGCAGCCUAUGGAACGAACCAAGUGCAACGAGCUGCAUCCGGCAGAAGACACCGGUGCCGGGAUCAACCUAUCCCGGAGGGUUGCCACCGGCCGUGGCGGUGUUAAAGAGUGUGCUGAGCACAAUCAGGAAGCCAGUCACUCUGCUUGACAUCACAACCCUCUCACUACUCAGAAAAGAUGGCCACCCUUCCAUUUAUGGUCUCAAUGGAGCCGCCGGAAUGGACUGCAGCCAUUGGUGUCUUCCUGGUGUUCCAGAUACUUGGAACGAGAUACUUUACAACCUUAUUUGAUGGCUAAAUUUUUUAUUCAUCAUUUGAUUGGGGGGGGGGGGGGGGGGGGGGGGGGGUGGUUUAGUCGAUUCUUAAUCAUACAAAAAUUUAUAUAAAAAAAUUAAAACUGGGUUGGCUAUAAUAGACCACACCCUGAUUAAUUGUAAUGUGCCUUGUGGCCUAGAGUGAAUAAUAAUAAUAAAAAAUUCAUCACAAAGUCAUACAUCAUA